AUGUGGUGGACUCCAUGUGCGGCUCAUUGCAUUGAUUUGAUGUUGGAGGACAUAAGCAAGUUGAAAGUUUAUGCCACUACAAUUCAAAGAGCCAAGCAAAUUGUGAAGUUCAUUUAUGGGCACACACAAGUUCUUUCCAUUAUGAGAAAAUUCACCGGCGACAAAGAGAUCAUUCAUCCGGCGGUUACAAGGUUUGCCACAUCGUUUCUAUCUCUUCAAAGUUUAUACAAGCAAAAGAAUGCUCUUAUCACUAUGUUUACAUCUAAAGAAUGGCAUGAAUGUGGAUGUGUAAGGCAUAAAGAUUCUUAUGAUGUGAGGAAGUGGAUACUCCAUGAUGUUAGCUUUUGGAACCAUGUUGCUUAUUGCAUAAAGAGUGUUCUACCUCUUGUUUGUGUGAUGAGAGAAGUUGAUUCAGAAGUAAGACCCACUAUGGAAUUUAUCUAUGAAUUGAUGGAUGCCGAAAAAGACAAGAUAGCAAGUAAUCUAGGAAAUGUGCCCGCCAAAUAUGCAGCAAUUUGGAAAAAAAUAGAUAAUAGAUGGAGUCCACAACUUCAUCAAGCAUUGCAUGCGGCGGGGUAUUACUUGAACCCUCAAUUACGUUAUGAAGAUAAUUUUAAAAACACCAAGCAUGUGAAGAAAGGGUUGGAAGAAUGCAUGGCAAGAAUGCUAAGUGUAGAGGAUCGCGCUAAUGCCGAUGUACAAUUAGACUUGUAUGACCGAAGGCUUGGUAGGUUUGGAAGUGAGAUGGCCAUUUCUACAAGAAAAAAACGAUCACCCGUGUUUUGGUGGGAAAAAUAUGGACACAAACACCGGAGUUAAUGAAUUUUGCUACUCGGGUCCUUUCCCUUAUAUGUAGUGCAUCGGGAUGUGAGAAGAAUUGGAGCACUUUUGAAAUGGUUAGUUUUUUUCAAUUCUAGUUUUGAAAUGAUAAUGGUUGAAAGCCUAUUGAAAUGCGAAACUUGUGUAUUGAAAUUUGAACUUGUGAAUUGAUUAUUCAUUGUAGAUACAUACAAAAAAGAGGAAUAGACUUGAGCACAAGAGAUUGCAUGCUUUAGUUUAUGUGAAAUAUAACUUUGCUCUAAAAGAUAGGGCUAUAAAAAAAAUGCCACAAUGUUCAAUCCUAUUAUAGUGGAAGAGAUUGAAUCAGAUGAUGAGUGGAUAACGGAGAUAGAGGAUCCGUUUCUUCCCAUUGAUCCUAAUUGGCUUAAGGAUGGAGUGGAAGAUUUAACAUUGAAUGAUGAAGCGGUAAGGAGUGUACCAAGUGGUACAUACCAAAGCGGGUUAACAAUUAGAGAAUCUAAUCCC